AUGGCUUGGAGAUUUAUGACGCUCGCACUCGUUCUCACCCUCGCUACUUUCGCCGCUUUCCCACAAGCCAACGGCGGCAAAUACGAAACGUGGGCUAAGGGAUUCACAGCCACGUACUACGGCGGACAGGGCGACGGCGGGUCUUGCGGGUACGGCACCGCGCAGCAGUCCGGAUUUGGCGUGUUCACCGCGUCGGCCUCCGCGUCGCUCUACCAGUCCGGGUUGUUGUGCGGCGCGUGCCUACGCGUUAAGUGCGUCAACAGCCCGCUCUGCAAACCCGGCGUGUCGCCGAUGGUCACCGUUAGCAACCUUUGCCCGCCGUUGUCGUCAGGGGGUUGGUGCGACGGAAACAAGAUGAGUUUGUCGCUCGCGCCAACAACGUGGAACAUGAUUGCGACGAAUCCGAACGUUGGGGUUGUACCCGUUAUAGUGAAGCGCGUGCUGUGCCAGCGGAAGCGAGGGAUCGUGUUCAACGUGACCGGAAACCCGUACUACAUUGAAGCUUUGAUUAAGAAUGUCGCGGGAUCGGGCGAUCUGCGCCGGGUCGACCUCUCGCUAAACCGCGGCCCAUUCCAGCCCAUGGUUCGAUCCUACGGGUCGGUCUGGACGUUUUCCGGACAGAAGAUGACGGGCAAGUCGCUUUCGUUCCGCCUCUUUUCGCGCAACGACAACGCGUCGCUCGUCAUCUGGAACGCGCUGCCUCCUAACUGGGUCCAGGCCGUAAACUACAUCUCGAAGACGAAUUUCGGAUUCGCGUAA